AUGCAGAAUCGCUUCCCAACAGGAACUGGAUGAGGCGCUCCGCCUCUCCGAAUUGGAAAAGGACACCGAAAUAACUAUACAUGGGACUUAAAAAAUGAAGAGAGUCGUAAUGAAGCAAAAGCGAAAGAGGAAAGGGAUUGGAGCAAGAAUUACUUGGAUCGAAGAAACAGAGAUGAGAAGCUGGUGUGAAACAUACGAGAAGUGAAACGAUAAUUGAGAAUAACUGAUGAGUGGAUGAGGAGAGAAAUGUGAAAAUAAGAAAGAGAUAAACAGCGGGGAAGGAAGGCAGCGAAGAAACGAUAAUGGGCGAGGAGCGUGGGGAUGAAGAACAGCAAGAAACGGAUAAGAGGGUGAACGAAAGGGGCGGGAUGUACGGGAAAUAGGCGGUGAAGAAAGGAAAAGGGUCGGGUAGUUUGUUAAAGAGAAAUCACUCCUGUUUCCCGGAGUGUGCCUUUAUUUCAGCGUUUGCGCAUUUCGUAGAGUAAAGCGCGUCGGGCGGCGGCGGUAGUUAACGAAUCCCGCGGCAGCAGUCGAUACUCUUACGCGGACCGAUUAGCCACGAACUUUCUCCAUCGAAACGCAUCCGCACCGAGACCGGUCGAGGCGCGUUCGAACGUUAAAAGAUAUUAUUAUACCUUAUCGAAAGACUCGGUCUUGACAAACAAAAUCGAGUGAGAAACCAAAAAAAAGAAGAAAGAGAGAGGUAAAAGAGGAACGGGGGGACGGUGUUCCAAAUAAAAUAGAAACUUGAAACGAAGCAAAAAAAGCUGAGAAGGAGAAGAGAGAAAGAGUGGCGCGUUGAUUAGCCAGUGAAACAUUGGCGAACAACGAUAACGGCACUCGCAACGAGAGUGAAGGCUUUGCGGCAGAUUUCAAUGGUCCGCGAUUCAUGUCGAGAGGUUGUGACAACGUACCUUUAACAAUCGGUGUUGUCAGCGAGAAGAGGUUGCAAAAGUGGCGAUAAACCAGCAUCGAUCGCGCUGACUCGUCGCAUUCUCAGCCGGGUUCUCCUGCAAGAGGUCGGGCUACGGUAAAAGACGAGGACAGAGAACUGCGUACGAGUAACGAGGAGAGCGAUAUCCUCCGCUGGAAGAUAGCGGCGAGGCGAAGCGAGACAGACAGACGGAGAGAGAGGCGAGAGCGUGCGCACCGGUACCCGUCAGAAGGAAAGUAGGGAAAACUUAGGGGUGGGAGUUGUAGAGGGUAAUAGCGAGCAAAAGACGGGAACCAGUGGUGGACGAUUGUUGGUGGACGAUAUCAGACAGCCGGGAUAGGAAGGAAAAAUCGUCGAGAUAAAUACGGGUAAACUGCUCGCGAAAUGGCUUGGGGUUACUGGAGCGCAACGUCGGUUAGCGAUCGGGGUCGGUCACCCCGUCGCGAGAAGGAUAAACAACAGCAGCCGCAUCAGACAUUGCAUCAGCAACAGCAACAGCAGUACCAUCAGGCUGAAACGACGACGGCCGUCUCACAGGGGAUGUACGGCGUACAGCAGAUACAAGGUGAGCUCGCCGGUAUCACCACAUCCUCUGCCGUGUCCACAGUUCCCGGUGCUGUCGCCGCAGUGGAGGAACCACCCUGCAUGAUACAGGGUGGUUCCUUCUAUUCUUACACCGCGGCUACGGCGGCGGCUGCGGCCGCUGCAGGGCGUAGGAUACCGCCUGUCAUCGAAGGUGGACCUUCGACCUCUUCCACCGGCAUCCAAGUACUACCGAGGGAGCGGCCGAUAAAAUUAAAUACCAGCACAUAUCCGCCGUCGCCGAGCAGCGAUUCGGCCGAGUAUGAGCAGCCGCUGGCCAGUCUGCGAAGCGAAUGCUCGCCCCACAAUAGUCCCCGCGACGAUAUAUUCGCCCAGCCGGGCACCUCCUCCUCCAGGAUCAAGCUGAUCUGCGACAAGGGCUUGGACGACACGUCCGAGCUUGACCUCGACGAGGUCACCGCGACAGAGAUGAUGUACGCGACCGCUAACCGAGCUAUAGGGACUAAUACGUGUCUCGUGCAUGGAACAUGUAAUCCGACAUCAGACGCGGGAGCACCCAUGCCGCCCCUGAUCGACGACUCCACCGGAUCCUCGCAAUUUUGGUUCAACGACAUCACCUGGGUUUUUCCUAACGUGCCGCCUGCACCAGGGAUGCCUUGUCAAGGAGAAGACAGAAGCAUCUACAGACGCGGCGCACGUAGAUGGAGGAAGCUGUACCGAGUGAAUGGUCAUAUAUUUCAAGCGAAACGUUUCAAUCGGCGAGCGUUUUGCGCGUUCUGCCAGGAUCGGAUUUGGGGGCUAGGUCGGCAAGGAUUCAAAUGCAUCCAAUGCAAGCUGCUCGUGCACAAGAAGUGUCACAAGGUGGUGCGAAAGCCAUGCCUGAGCGUGCAACAGCAGCAGCAGCAGCAACAGAUACAAAGCACAGAGUCGCAGGCAAUCGACAGAAACGGCGAUCAACAACAGCUUGAUUCCGUUCAAUGCAGCCCGGUAACUCAUCUAGAAGAUGAGAUCUCGGAGUCGCCAAUCAUCGAGGAACAUUCACGCAAUCCAACUGGAAAUGAAGAAAGGGAGGAAUUGCCGUUGGAUAUGUUGAACGAUGCGGAUAACUCGAAUGAUAUGCAGAGGCAAUACUCGUUAAAUGAUUUCGAACUGAUUAGGGUAAUCGGUCGUGGUUCCUACGCGAAAGUUUUGAUGGUAGAAUUGAAGCGGACGAAGAGGAUUUACGCGAUGAAAGUGAUUAAGAAGGCCUUAGUGACGGACGACGAGGACAUCGAUUGGGUUCAAACGGAGAAGCACGUUUUCGAGACCGCCUCGAAUCAUCCCUUCCUCGUGGGACUUCAUUCCUGCUUUCAGACGCCCUCUCGGCUCUUCUUCGUGAUCGAAUUCGUACGCGGUGGCGAUCUAAUGUUCCAUAUGCAGAGGCAACGUCGUCUUCCGGAGGAGCAUGCCCGAUUCUACGCGGCUGAGAUCAGUCUCGCCUUAAACUUUUUACACGAGAAAGGUAUAAUAUAUAGAGAUUUGAAACUGGAUAACGUGUUGCUCGAUCACGAAGGACACGUGAAGCUGACUGAUUAUGGAAUGUGCAAGGAAGGGGUGCGAGAAGGAGAUACUACCGCGACGUUCUGUGGCACUCCGAAUUACAUAGCGCCCGAGAUAUUACGCGGUGAAGAUUACAGUUUUUCUGUAGACUGGUGGGCGCUCGGCGUACUCUUGUACGAGAUGCUUGCUGGUCGUAGCCCGUUCGAUAUAGCAGGCGCAUCAGAAAAUCCGGACCAAAACACCGAGGAUUAUCUGUUCCAAGUGAUUUUACAGAAAACGAUUCGUAUACCGAGGUCGUUGUCGGUUAAGGCAGCUUCCGUGCUUAAGGGUUUCCUCUGCAAAGAUCCGAACGAAAGAUUAGGCUGCGGCAAGAGGCCGACCGGUUUCCUCGAUAUCGUCGCCCAUCCGUUCUUCAAGGCGAUAGAUUGGGAAAUGUUGGAACAAAAACAAGUGACACCGCCUUAUAAACCGAGAUUAGAUUCUGAUCGUGACUUGGCAAACUUCCCACCAGAAUUUACAGAUGAACCAGUUCAUCUGACACCGGAUGAUCCGAGGGUGAUUGACAAGAUCGAUCAGAGCGAAUUCGAGGGCUUCGAGUACGUGAAUCCGUUGUUGAUGUCCCUGGAAGACUGCGUGUGACAAGAACCGCUCGUUGUUGUGCC